CGUUGCCUUAUGGUUUUGCCUUUGUGAUUUCACAUAACAUCCAAAAAACUUGAUAAAUCUACUAACCAUGAACAUCCCAGAUGGACAUAAGAGGAGAAUGAAGCCACCGAAGGACACCCUCCCUCCCAACACGAUUAGGAGGGAUAAAUGGGAUGCUGUUCCACCCAAAGUGUUCAACUUUGGGAUCAAUCAUCCUGUGAGCAAUAUUCUUGUGGACAACUCGGGGACUGAACCGUGCAGCACGGAGGCAGAGUGUACCAAGAUAAUCAAGGACCUUCAGACCAACCAUAUGACAGUUCACGACAUGCCGGAUAUCAAACAGAAUUUUCUCAUUGGUGGUGACGGUAAUCUGUACGUAGCUCGAGGAUGGGUGUCUGAUGCAGCAUUGACUGGAGAACACAAGGAAAGACUAACAGAUACACUCUACUUCUCAUAUUUUGGCCCAAAAGGUAGGCAGCCGACGGAUAUAGAACUAAACACAUUCAACCAAGUUAUGGAUAUUGGGAAAAACAACGAGUUUAUUGUUGAGAACCCCAAAAUACAUUUAGAAUUAUAAAAGUAAAA